AAUAGCAAUAUCAGUGCGGGCUCAGUAUAUCACCAAAUUAACUGCAUUAUGCACCAAUAUAACUCAGCGCGAAUAAUAAAAUGCCACGUCACCGAUAUAGCAAGGUAAUGCAGUUAUUUUUAACGUAGGAGCAGUACAAUGUAUUACUUUAAUUGUUGUAUUUUUUAAAACUGUAUGGCUGACGUGAUAUUACAUUGUGCGCGCGUUUUUGUUAAGUUAUUUGCCGCGUAAACCAGCGUAUAUAACAGCGGCAUCUGCGCGCUAUAGUGAGUUCAGUUUGUACUUUAAAGUGAUUAAGUGUUAUUGUUAAGGGGUGUUCGAAAUGUUUCGGUUAUUACCAGUGAUUGCUGCAUCCUGCUUCCAAUUGACAGUGCUUCCUUUGGAAAUGUGGUCUAAUAUUUUAAGAUUGUUGGAUCCAUUGUCAUUAUUGGCAUCUGCAAGAUCAGAUUCUCGAUUCAAGAGUAUUUGUCUUGGUGACAGCGUGUUGAGAAAUAAUCUCCGGAAUGCCUUGGAGAUUGAAAGACGUCAGGCCGAAGAAAUUAUCCGGAAUCCUGCAAAAUCAAUAACUAUUUCCAGGGAGGAUGCUAAAAGAGUAUUUGCAGCUAACGUUUCCAAGAAGUUCACCAAGAAAUCUGUAAAUUUGAGACAUAGUUUAGAGGUUCUCAGGAAAAAACCCAUGAAAACAGAAAAUAGGAAGAAAAACCAAUGUCUAUCGACUGUUAAGAAAAUUUUUAAUUGUAGGAUUUAAGUUUAGUUUGUAAUAUGGGUAAUAUAUAUUUUUUAAAUAGAUAUAACAAAUAAAAGUAAUACAAGUAAUAAAAUAGUUUGUAAUAUGUGUAAAAAUAAAUAUUUUAUAGUACCUAAA